CUUGUAGUCUGACACAAAUGCAAGUUACCUGAGAGCUGCUCGAGCUGGCAACUUGGAAAAGGCUCUCGACUAUUUGAAAAGUGGAGUGGACAUCAACAUUUCAAAUCAGAAUGGGUUGAAUGCUCUCCAUCUCGCUUCCAAAGAAGGGCACGUAGAAGUUGUCUCUGAACUGAUACAGCGAGGUGCCAGCGUGGAUGCAGCGACAAAGAAAGGAAACACAGCACUGCACAUAGCGUCCCUUGCUGGCCAAGCAGAAGUAGUUAAAGUGUUGGUUACAAAUCGGGCCAACGUCAAUGCACAGUCUCAGAAUGGUUUCACUCCACUGUAUAUGGCAGCCCAAGAAAACCACCUGGAGGUUGUUAAGUUUCUUCUUGACAAUGGUGCCAGUCAAAGCCUUGCCACAGAGGAUGGUUUCACGCCUUUGGCAGUAGCUUUGCAGCAAGGUCAUGACCAGGUGGUUUCACUGUUGCUCGAAAAUGAUACAAAGGGAAAAGUCCGUCUUCCUGCCCUUCACAUCGCUGCUCGGAAGGAUGAUACAAAGGCAGCGGCUCUGCUCCUGCAGAACGACCACAAUGCUGAUGUGGAGUCAAAGAGUGGGUUCACUCCCCUCCACAUAGCUGCUCACUAUGGAAAUAUCAAUGUAGCUACAUUGCUGUUAAAUCGGGGUGCCGCUGUGGACUUCACUGCAAGGAAUGAUAUCACACCAUUACAUGUUGCAUCAAAGAGGGGAAAUGCAAAUAUGGUCAAACUCCUACUUGAUCGAGGAGCUAAAAUUGAUGCCAAAACAAGGGUAAGCUUAAGUGUAAAUGCUGUGAGUGACUGUAGAAUUCUUGCCUCUGACCUGUUAGUUGCUGUACAGCUUAAAUCAUUCAUCUUCCUGGCAGGCUACCAAAGCUGCACUGCAUUUCUUUUUUAUAAAAUAGUUGCAGUAGGAUGCUAACAAUUUACAUCUCUUAAAGCAGAGUGUGAAACACCACGUAUGGCAAAGCUCAAAACCAACAAUUUUCUGUGU